AUGGUCAACAUACUUGUCAAAAUUGGCCUCUCGGUCGUUGUUAUUCUUGCAGUUCUCUUUCAGGUUUAUCUAAAAGAGGCAGUAUGGCUUGGUCUCGGCAUUGGAAAGGUUAUGCAACCAAUUAGUGACUUCCCUUAUACGUGCCGCAAGAUUGUCGAUCCGCGCAUGGAAGCAUGUGAGGAUAUGUGGUUGUCUCAGUCUACAAGGCAAUUGUUCCUUGUGUGCUCGGAUCCAAUCGCACGAGAUGCAUGGUUUCCUAAUGUUGGUGCGCUCAACAUCUCGGGUCGUUCUCAGCGAGACUCUAUCGUGGCUCUGGACAUUGACAAGCCCGUUGGCGCCAGCUUUGAGCCUCGCACUCUCAAGAGAGGAGGUUUCACCGGUACUUCUGGUGAUGGACUCAUUAACAUCGCUGGUUUCACAGGAAUCGAUAACUCUGAUGGCAGCAUUGACUUGUUGGUGACUAACAUGAGACCCUCGGUUGAUGCGGAGAGCGGAAAGUACCUGGACCAGUUUGUUCAUGGGGCUAACACGACGGUUGAACAUUUUACUACUGGUACUGGACCAAAUGAGCUGAAGCAUGUUCGUACUUUUGCCGAUGCAGGUAUCACUACGCCGAAUCGAGUUGCUGUUAUGGACGACAAGACAUUUUACGUCGCCAACGACCAUGGUCCUCACAUGAUGGGCUGGCGUCACCAUCUAUCCCCAAUUCUUGGCUUUGCCAACAUCAACGUCUGCAAGCCCAACACCCCUUGCAAAGAAGUAUCCAGCAGCCUCAAAUUCCCCAACGGCCUCGCCAUCAAUGGAAACACCCUCUACGUACCAGAUUCGAUAAGGGGCACGCUCACAAUCUACAACAUCCUGCCUAACAAGGACCUUAAGAAGGUGGACGAGAUCAAGCUUAACUACGGGCUGGACAACGUUUCCAUCGACGAGAAUGGCGAUCUCUGGAUAGCUGCUUUCCCCGUAGGCAUUGAGAUCUAUAAGGCUAACCAAGACCCGUACAAUGCGCACCCGCCUUCUGCUGUUUUGAGGGUUAGAAAGGUCGACGGGGAAUGGAAGGUUGAUAAGGUUCUUGAGGACAAGGAUGGAGAGGUCUUGCCGGCUGCUACAACCGCUUUGCAUGAUGCAAAGACUGGAAGGAUCUUCUUGAGCAGUGUUAUUUCACCGUGGAUCACGGUUUGCGAGGCAAAGGCUUGA